CAGUACCAAUUUGGUGGAUUACGACAUAAAGCAGCGAGAACUGUGUUUUGUUAAUUUUUCGAAAUGGUUUUGUUAACGCUUGCCCUGCUGGGUGUGGCAAUAGCCUUAUUGUACAAGUUCUACCAGAAUUCUUUCAACUAUUGGAAUCAUCGUGGAGUGCCAUUUGAGCGCCCUCUUCCGUUUAUUGGGAAUAUGAAAGGCCUUGGCAGGAAAUAUCACUUUCGUGAUAUUAAUGGCAGACUUUAUAAAAAAUUCAAAGGCACUGCGCCGUUCGCGGGAAUGUUCAUGUUUUUCAAACGAGUCGCUUUCAUAAUCGAUCUUGAUCUUGUCAAACAAGUUCUCAUUAAGGAUUUUAAGAACUUCCAGGAUCGUGGAGUUUUCAACAACGUUCGUGACGAGCCUCUAACCGGACAUUUGUUCACUCUCGAGGGCGAAGAAUGGAAAGCCAUGAGGCACAAGUUGACGCCUGUUUUCACCUCCGGCAAGAUGAAGCACAUGUUUGGUAGUGUCGUUCAGGUCAGUGAGCAUUUGACCAGCACAAUGGGUAAAUAUGCAAGUGCAGCAAAAACAGAUGGAGGAGAUGUGGAAAUUAAGGAACUUUGUGCCCGGUUCACCACAGAUGUUAUUGGUACUUGUGCAUUUGGCUUAGAAUGCAACAGUUUGGCAGAUCCCAAUGCUGAAUUCCGCUCUAAAGGUCGUAUGUUGUUCGAAAAGCCGCGUCAUAAUCAGUUGGUUCAAAGCUUCAUAUUCACAAAUGGAAAUCUCGCUAAAAAAAUGAGAUUAAAGGCUUUGCCCGAUGAUCUCCACAAUUUUUUCAUAAACGCUGUUCGAUCGACAGUUGAUUAUCGACUUAAAAAUAAUAUUAAGCGGAACGAUUUCCUCGAUCAGCUUAUCCAAUUGCGUGCAGAAAAUCAGGAAGAAGCUCGUCGAGGAAAUGGAAUUGAUCUCUCAAAAGGAUUAUCGCUGGAGCAGAUGGCAGCACAGUGUUUUGUUUUCUUUAUUGCCGGAUUCGAAACAUCCUCCAGCACCAUGGCCUUCUGCCUUUAUGAAUUGGCUCUACAACAAGAUAUUCAACAGCGUUUACGCGAUGAGAUUGAAAAUGUUCUGAAAGAUGUGUCCAACGGAGAACUUACUUACGAAGCCAUGAACCAAAUGACUUAUUUGGAACAAGUACUUUUAGAAACCCUACGAAAACACUCGAUCCUGCCUCAUCUUUUACGUGUGGCAGGUGAGGACUAUAAGGUGCCUGGCACUGAUAAAAUCAUCGAGAAAGGAACAACACUCCUAAUUCCUGUGCACAACAUUCAUCGUGAUCCCGAAUAUUAUCCCGAUCCCGAUCGUUUUGAUCCUUCGCGUUUCGAACCAGAAGCUAUCAAGGCGCGUCAUCCAUAUGCCUACUUGCCAUUUGGAGAUGGACCUCGCAACUGCAUUGGUGAACGAUUUGGCAAAAUGCAGGCCAAGAUUGGUCUGAUCUCGCUAUUGCGUCACUUUAAGUUUGGCGUAUCUGAUCGCACCGAAAUACCGUUGAUCCUUGAAACUCGCAGCUUCACAUUAAGUAGUAAACAUGGCGUUCAUCUAAAGGUGGAACAAAACAAAUGCAUACAGAAAGCUUUCACUGUUCUAAAUGUUUACGUAAAAAAAAAAAACGGUUGUCAGUUUCAAUGUGAACAACCAGCUGAAAUCACCAUGUUGACGCUACUAAUAUUACUAGUUAUCUUUAUUGGCCUUGUCUAUGUCUGGCUGCAUCAGUUCUAUGGCUAUUGGCGCCGGCGCGGGGUAGCAGGUGAAAAGCCCAUCUUUGGCUUUGGUAAUAUGCGAGGCUUCGCACGAACUCUGCACUGGACGGAUAUCAAUCAACGCAUCUAUCGCCAGUUCAGUACUCAGGAACGUUUCUGUGGCUAUUUUACAUUCUUUAGCAAGGCGCUCUUUGUGAUGGAUCUGGAUCUGAUUCGGAGGAUCAUGAUCACAGACUUUAAGUCUUUUGCGGAUCGUGGACUUUUUCACAAUGUGCGCGAUGAUCCUCUAACUGGAAAUCUGCUAUUUUUGGAUGGGGAACAGUGGCGUUGGCUACGACAACACCUCACACCGGUAUUUAGUUCGGGUAAAAUGAAAUUCAUGUUUCCCACAAUCGUAAAAGUGGGCGAACAACUGUCACGCACAGCAGAGCAGUCGCUGGGUGAAUUCGAGGCAAAGGAUCUUUGUGCUAGAUUCACUACCGAUGUCAUCGGCAGCUGCGCCUUUGGACUGGAAUGCAACAGUCUCUCAAAUCCCAAUUCAGAGUUCCGCCAAAUGGGUCGUUUGGUGACUGAGAAACCACAUCACAACACCUUUGUCCAGGCGUUUAUGUUUGCUCAGCCGAGUCUGGCUCGUCGCUUGCGUCUGCGUCUCUUUCGGCCCGAGGUAAGCAGCUUCUUCAUAGAAACCGUGCGUCAGACCCUAGAGUAUCGGAAGCGCGAGCACAUUAAACGCAAUGAUCUUAUCCAACUGCUCAUGGAGCUAGCCAGUGAGGCUGGGCUUAGUUUUGAGCAAAUUGCGGCCCAGGCAAUGGUAUUUUUCCUGGCUGGAUUCGAUACCUCCUCGACCACGAUGUCCUUUUGCCUGUACGAGUUGGCACUUAAUCCCGAAAUCCAGCAGCAACUGCGUCUGGAGAUUAACGCCACAUUGGAGCGAUACAAUCAACAACUUAGCUACGAAUGCUUGCAGGAGAUGACUUACCUCAGUCAGGUGGUCGACGAAACAUUGCGCAAAUAUCCCAUUUUGCCACACAUUCUACGACGCACGACCAGCAGCUACAAAGUACCGGAUAGCGAUCUUAUUCUAGAACCAGAAACGAGAAUAAUGAUACCAGUGCACAGCAUCCACCACGAUCCAAAACUUUAUCCCGAUCCCGAACGUUUCGAUCCAAAGCGUUUUGACCCCGAUGCUAUCAAAACACGUCAUCCAUUCGCUUAUUUACCCUUCGGACAUGGACCCCGCAUUUGCAUUGGCGAAAGAUUUGGCUUGCUACAAGUUAAAAUUGGCAUUGUAAUGUUGCUGCGUCAUUAUCAUUUUGACGUCACCCCACAAACUCAAAUUCCACUACAAUUCUUUAAACGCAAUUUUCUCAUUGCUACCGAGUCAGGCAUUCACCUAAAAAUGAAGCGUCUCUGAUGGCAUCUAAUCGUAAUUAGCGAGUGUGUUUUACUGAAUUGUUACUAUAGGUCGGGUUCGCUGGUUAAAGAUAAACAAUUUAAUAGCAGCAAUAAAAACUGUUCAUGCCUAACCUACUCAAAACUACGCACUCAAAAAAAUCAACAUCACAAGUAAAAAAGCUUGAAAUAAGCUUAUAAAUUGAAAGCUCAAAUUGUUAUUAUCGCCGUCUGUUUAUAUCUGAAAUUAUUCUCAGAUUCUCUCUGUCUAUGUCAUUCUCUGUGUUCUCAUUCUGUUUGUUAGCGUUGAUCAACAAUAAUAAUAUUGUGAACGUAUAUGUAAAUGUUGUAUACCCUUCUUUGUAAUUUGAAAAUAAAUGUGAUAUUUGUAAAUAAU